AUGUUUAACCAGUGCGGCGACGAGACUCGGCUUCCCGUGUCCCUUCGCCGAAUGUUUAACCAGUGCGGCGACGAGACUCGGCUUCCCGUGUCCCUUCGCCGAAUGUUUAACCAGUGCGGCGACGAAACUCGGCUUCCCGCGUCCCUUCGCCGAAUGUUUAACCAGUGCGGCGACGAGACUCGGCUUCCCGUGUCCCUUCGCCGAAUGUUUAACCAGUGCGGCGACGAGACUCGGCUUCCCGUGUCCCUUCGCCGAAUGUUUAACCAGUGCGGCGACGAGACUCGGCUUCUCUUCGUUUUCUUUCGGGCAUUCUCUUUUUACUUUUUUUUUUUAAUUUCCUCUUUGCACUUUCGUUUGUCCUUCCCCUAUAUAAUUACUCUUUCGUCCAUCCGUUUUUUUAAUCGUAUUCUUUCGCCCUUCCAUUUUUUAAUCGUAUUCUUUCGCCCUUCCAUUUUUUAUUCGUUUUCUUUCGUCCUUCCAUUUUUUAAUCGUAUUCUUUCGCCCUUCCUUUUUUUAUUCGUUUUCUUUCGCCCUUCCAUUUUUUAUUCGUUUUCUUUCGCCCUUCCAUUUUUUAUUCAUUUUCUUUCGUCCUUCCAUUUUUUAUUCGUUUUCUUUCGCCCUUCCAUUUUUUAUUCGUUUUCUUUCGCCCUUCCAUUUUUUAUUCAUUUUCUUUCGUCCUUCCAUUUUUUAUUCGUUUUCUUUCGUCCUUCCAUCUUUUAUUGGCUCGUUUUCUUUCGUCUUUACAUUUUUUGCUCGCUCUCUUUCAUCCUUUAUUUAUUCAGCACUUUUUUUCUUUUGACCUUUCUUUUUUACUCGCUAUCUUUCGUCCUUUCUUUCUUUUUUGCUUAUUCUAACUAA